AUGGAAUUUGCAUUCAAUACUUCACUCAAUCGUUUAACCGGGAAAACACCAUUUGAAAUUGUUUACUCAAAAGUGCCAAAUCAUGUUCUUGAUUUAGUGGUUCUACCCAAGAUUUCCAAAGCUAACGUUCGAGCUGACAAGAUGAUAGAUAAGGAUGCAAAAAUUCACCAAGAAAUGAAGACUAAGCUUGAAGAUUCUAACGAAAAUUACAAAGCCAUUGCAGAUGAACACAGACGAUUCAAAGCUUUUCAGCUUGGAGAUUUGGUUAUGAUUCAUCUUCGAAAAGAACGUUUCCCUACAGUCAACCAUUCUCCCAAGUGGAAACUUGCUGAUCUCGAAGUUGCACCGUGUCCUCCUAAUGUGAAGUCUGAACUAGUAGUUGCAGCUGAUCUUAGAGCGGAACAAGAGGAAGGUGAUUAUUCAUAUAUGACUUACAAUGAUCCAGACGAUUGUUUGGAAGAAGACCCUGAAGAAAAUUCUGAAUCUGAUACAGAAGAAGACCCUGAAGAAGAGAUGGAUGAUGAUGAAUGCGAGGAUAGUGAUGAAUCUGACAUCUAA